AAUUUAAAUGUGUAAAAGGGUUACAUGUUAUUAAAGUGGAGGAUAAGGACUAUUUAUUUCGAUUUCCUAUUAUUUUACGUAUUUUUAGAUCCGACGCUUGUUACACUUUGAGAAAGCUGUCAGACGAGAAUAUAUUUAAUCUUACUUUCUAGCCCCAACACAAUUAUCAACAUGGAAGGUUCCAGCCUAAACUUUUCUAUUAACUCAGUCGUAAAGAUCUUGUGCGUUGUGAUAGCUCUGAAUAUAUUUUGAUGUUCCUCGCGGUCCAAUUUGCGGGCUAUCAGAUUGAUGACUUCGUGCUGAGUUCGUACGAGAGCUACCUGAAGAACAGGCCCCGCCCGUACACGUUAGAAUCCUGGGAGAGGGGAAUCAACAUACUGGUGGGCUUACACGUGGUCAUACUUUAUGUGCUGUUCCGUAUCAGAGAGUACCUGAGAUUCCAGAACUUGGAGGACAUCCGCCGUCAGUGGGAGUUAGAGGCCCUGUUCCGAAUGGAGACGGAGUUCAUAGAACAGCUGCGAUCCCAAGGCAUCGAACUGCAGGAUCCCUCUUUGGGUUUCCCCGAUGCGAGCUGCCCAUAGCCGUCCUCGUCUUGGCGGGCGCAUUCAGGAGCCAAUCAAAAAUGUAUCUCGUUAAUGCCGCCGCCUUGGACAAUGUUAAUGCUGGAAUCAGCGUGUAUAUAUAGAUCGCACGGCUGCUUGAUUGCCCAGAAUUGAAUUCAACAUUUGCCCGCCGAGCCGUGCGAUACACCUACUCUGCUCAAUUACCCGAACGAUCCAAUAUAAUCCUCCUCGGCCGAGUUGAACGUGCUCGACUGACAUUACUACACACACCACUUAUACUAUAUAGCAUACUAUAGCAUAUACUAUAUGGAUGGAUAUGGAGAAUCGGAUCGUUACUCGCCGACUGCCGUACACUUCCAAUAGUUCAUUGUUUGUGGCUGCGCAUGAGUAUAUUUUUAUCGCUCACUGUCCCUCCGACUUUGCCUCUGCUCGUGUGCACUUUUCUCUGUUUGAAAUAAAUUGUAAAUGAUUUUUAUUAAAAUUUCCG